CAGAGGAAUUGUGCAUCUCGAGAGGACUUAAGCGUCCCAACCAGACAACUGACUAGAAUUCUGUAUCGAGGGGGAAAUUCAACAUCAUCAAGCUCAGAUCUCUACAGCUGCGCUCUCUGGCCAAGAAGAAAAGCAAAUCAUGCCUGAUUUCUUCGUCUUAGCCCGGGUGGUAGGGUCAGAUGGUGCCUUUUCCAAGUGGAAGGAAAGGCUUGUACCACUAUGUGAGAUAUCUGCCACAGAGCCGUAUUCGACAGCCUAUUACUGGGGACAGGAUGUCGACGGAGAGCCUGACACCUUAUGGGGCCUGGAAGGUUAUGCUCACCCCAUUGGCUUCUUCAUCGGUCAUCCAGCCUCGGACGUUUUCAAACGAGAGAUGAAGAAGGUCGACGAAGACAAGCUUCUUCGACACGUCCAGGGCCUGGGUAGCCCAGACUACGACCUGCAUUACUACGAUAUGCACUAUGGAUUUCUGACUCGUUCUGACGACAAAGACAAAGACAGCAAGGACAGCUUUGUGGUAGUAUACCACUUCUGGGCAUCAGAGGGCCGUCGGAAGCAGCUAUUGGGAACCCUGUCAGCCGGCGUCGACCGGGUUCGCGCUUCAGAGAAUGCAUCAAAUAUCACCAUACAAAGCUUUGCAGUCCUCAAAGAAAGUCUUGACCUGAACAUGGCGAGUCUUUAUAUUCGAACAAAGCAUAGAAAGGCCUGGGAGACCUUCCAAUCUGCCACCAUCUUCAAGGAUAUUUUGAGCCAGGUUGAACCCGUGAAUCAGAAGUCGGAGGUUCAUCAAUCACAGGCAUUCAAUGGUCAUAUCGACCAAACGCCCCCUAUUGGACCAGUUUGAGUAGGGGUUAUCCGAAUAUGAAUGACUCUUUCUCCACCAUUCUUACUAUAAUUCUGAAUGUGGAUAAUGUCAAUCAAAUGGAAGCCGGAUUUAAAACAUCAGGCUGAACGAAGUCUAGCUCCCCAUGAAUCUCGCACGCUUUGGCCUCCAGAAGCGAAGUGGUUGCCGCGUCCGACACUAUUGGCUUUUUGCCUUUCCC